AUAAAGAAUGAGAGACUGCCUUCUGAACUAAGCAGUUUUUUCCCUUUUAGCAGUCACUUGUUGGAGGCCGGGGUGAUCAGACUGAUGAAGCUCAAGGAAUUAAUUUAAUCUGCUAGAUCAACAACUUCCUCUUCAAAUGUGCACAUUGUUGGAUCUGAGUUACCUCCUGAAUUAAUUCUCUAGAGAUAGGCUUAGAAGUGUUGCUAGGGGGAGAGGGGUUUUUAAUUAAUGCUACACUUGCUGGUCUUGGAGCAGAGCAGGACAAUUAAAGAAAAUAAUAAUGAUGAACUGCGCACGAGCAGAGAUGGAUGCUUUGAAGGUUACCUCCAUCUUCAUGUAAUUGUGAAGCUGUGAUCCGAACGAGAUGUAGACCAGCUUCAUUAACGAGAACAAAUUAUCCAGGUUUGCCAAUUUAAAAGUCAGUCACAGCCAUCCAUUUUCUAACUGCUUUAUCACUUAUGCUUAUGUCACGAGGCAGAAUACACCAUGGAUGGGACACCAGUCCUUCACACAAGUCCAUCAUGUUUUUAUUCCAAUUGUUUUGUCUUCUAAAAUGAUUUGUGGCAAAAGAAGUUAUUAUCACACAUCCUGUGUUUAUUUUGGGGGGGAAUAUAAACAUUUAACUGUGAAGACAACAACAAAAAUGGGGCACUAUUUGUGUGCCAGGAAAAUGAAUGCAAGCAGUCUUAAUGGACCAUUGCACUGCUAAAUAAAAUGUUGUUGAAUGUUCCAUCUUAAUGCUUCCACCCAGCUGAAUGCCUCGAUGACAAGCUUGUCAUUAUUCUCGGUCCUGCAGUUUUAGUGGUACUAAAGAAUGUGCAAAAUAGCUAUGAAAAACUGCAGCAUUUAACUACCAAGUACUCAGCUGUGCGUGGACAAACCUGAGAAGAGAGCAGCCAAUUUUCAAACGAAUAAACCAGUUGUGUACCUGCAGUAUGUAAAUACACACUAAUUGAGUGGGAAGGACAUGUUAAAGGACAUUGAGUUCUCUGAUUUUUUUUAAUCCUCUUGUUUUCCUGUGAGCCCUUUUAACUUAGGACCAGCACCCACCCCCUGUAAAGCGUAAGUGAACAACCAAGCUCAACAUCUGCAGUACGUCUGGUGAGACCGAACCUGUCUUCUGAGGUUUCUGAAGCUGCUGUUAGAAAAGUACCACGUGCGAUUUGGCCUGGAGGUCUCAUUCAGUUCUGUACAUGAUAGAAAGGCACUGUGAGAGUGGUCAGAAUGAGAGACUGUGGUAAGGUAUUACAGAGCAUUCUCCGUCUUCAUCUUUUCCUAGCAGUGCUUUUUCAGUCCAGUUCUCAGUGUGACACAAGAAGAUGUUUGGCCACCAGUCUAGUGCAAAGAAAUGGAGACAUAUCCAUUCAACCAGAGACCAAGGACUGUAAAGUCAAUGUGUUUUUGAAGGACAUCACAUUUGAAACUCUAGAAGUGAAUACACAGAAUCUGUAUUUUUCAAGCCUGCUAAGAAUAAACAUGGUCUGGAAUGAUUCAUCUCUUUCCUGGGACUCCACAUACCCCUAUGAGGAGGUUGUGCUGCCAGUGAGUGAUGUCUGGAUUCCUAGUCUCUCUGUGAAAAAUGCGCUGAAAGUGGAAACACAGCCUGAAUCGUCUCACUUACUGGUCUUCAGAAAUGGCACUGUGUACCACAAAGAACUGAUGUGGAUUACAGUUGGAUGUGAUUUCAACCUGUACCUCUAUCCCUUUACAAAUGACUGGUGUGUCAUCGCUCUUGAUGGCUGGAAUUCAGAGGGCUGUGGUGAAAAGGUGACAUUUGGAAGAAUCAGCUUGAUCGGUAAAACAAGAGGAGACUGGAGAGCUGUGGAUGUCAGAAAGGAUGAAGUGAGAAACGCUUCUGUCUUUCUGGUCUCCCUGUCUACACGGGGCUUCAAUGUGAUUGUGAGUUUGAUCAUACCCACUUUUCUCAUCAUGCUGGCCGACAUAGUGAGCUUCAUUCUACCUCUGGUUGAAGGGGAGCGCAUCUCCUUCAAAGUCACGCUGGUCCUUGGCUUCGUCAUGUUCCUCCUCAUCCUCUCCGACAUGCUCCCUGGUACAAGCCAGUGUGCGCCUCUGAUCCGUUAUCACUUCUGCGUGUGCCUCUUUUUCCUGGUGCUCAGUAUGAUCGAGUCAAUGGUGGUCACACAACUGGCAGUGGGUGGCUCACUCUUCUCCUUUCACGCAAGUGGGUGCAGCAUAUUCAGGGACACAAAUGCAAAAUCCAGAAGAGAAUCCCAGGACAAUAAAAAUGAAAUGCAAGGCUAUGGUCCUGAACUGCUUCGCUGCGUUACUGAACCCCAUCUGGAUAAUCGUUCGCUGCAAAGGAUCGUCAAAGUCCUUGAAAACAUGCAGGAGAAAGAGCAGGACACACAGAAUUCAAAGUGCUUUGCCAACAAGGUGGAUAAAAUCUGUUUUUUUGUUUACUUGGGCUCCUUUAUCCUAUACGUAGUAGUAAUGCUCUACUUUAUUUGUGACGUUCCCUGUGAAAUAAACCACUUUGACUUCUAGCUUCUUGUAGUCCGAUACAAAAACACCUAUUUUCACUCAGGCAAUGGAAACUUCCUGAUACAUCUAUUUUGACUCAGGAAUUAUCGUAGGAGCCCAUAUGGUAAAUUACAACAUUAGAUUCUGUUCUUUUCUCACAUAACUGGACAAAAGCUGUUUGUCUGAAUAUAGAAACUCUAGUAACAAAAUUGUAAAACUGAAGACCACAUUUGUUGAACCCCAUAACCGUGUUUAAGAGAAGCCUUAA